AUGAACACAGCCUUUCGAUCUUACAAAGAUCAAACGAAAAAGAAGUAUACCUGGGGUAAUAUUGCUAGUAAAAUGGGCAAAAACGGUAUGUCGUAUUAAUUAUAUCUUCUGACAAAUUUAUUGUUUGUGCAGAUAAUCGUUUUGUGUAUAAAUUUUAAAACAUUUUGUUGAGUAUUGUUGUAAUGUUGUCGAGCUAAGCACUUAAUCUUAUUGUGUUUAUACAUAGACGAGGGAGUUAGGGGGGAAGACUAAAGUCAACCCUUAUCAAGCAAGGGUGUUCAUUCAUCAUAAAUUUUCAUUAUUGGUGCUAUGAGGAAGUAAGGGCAAUAUUGUACGAUGUAUCUAUGCUUGAUUUUUUCGUUGUUUUGGCAUAGCAUUGUUUAAGCGGUGCUAAAAACUAAUAAACGGGGUACACACCCUUUUUAUCCCCAGUAAGUCUGCCUAUGAUUGAAUAACCACUACCCUAUGUCAGCACUGUUUACUGAGGCAAUAGAAAGUGCAGUAGUUUUUAAAGAAAAAUGAUGGCUGUUUUUAAAAGCACCUUUCACAAGCUUUUGCAAUAAAUAGUAUUGUAAUGCAUUUAACACGUUCUACUAUAGGGUCCAACAUUCUAUUUAGCCAAAAAUGGUGCCAAUUUUCGUAUUUUUAAACAUAUUUGUCCAAAAUUGAAGAAAACAGAAAAAUUGGUGCUUAAAAACACCUUUUGUGCAAAAAAAGAAUGCAAAUUUUCUUUUCUUGCUAAAACAAUCAAAUUUACCUAAAAUUAACAAUACAUUUAAUAGACUGUUCUGAAAAGGAUCAAAUAAUGCAAAAGUAGAAUGACAGCUAACAGUGAAAAUAUGUUGGUUUAACCGAAGGCAUCUCUGAUCAAUUUAUAUAUAUAUGGAAACUAUAUCCAUGUUUCGAUUUAUCGACACCAUGUGAAUGGUUCAGUUUAUCGAGACCAUGUGAAUGUUUCGAGUUAUCGAGACCAAGUCAAUGUUUCGAUUUGUCGAGACCAUGUGAAUGUUUCGAUUUAUCGAGACCAUGUGAAUAUUUCGAUUUAUCGAGACCAAGUCAAUGUUUCGAUUUAUCGAGACUAUGCCAAUGUUUCGAUUUAUCGAGACCAUGUCAAUGUUUCAAUUUAUCGAGACCAUGUCAAUGUUUCGAUUUAUCGAAACCAUCUUAGUGACAUCUAACAUAACCUAAAUCAACACAUUUUAGCAAAAAAUAAUAUUCUAUUCAAUUUAGCAUUAUACACAUAAAUAGAAAAUAUAUAAAGCCCAAUGUAUUUAGGUGAAAACUAUUAUGCUCAAUAUCAAAAUGAUAUAUAUUUAAAUAAGUUCACAAAUAAACUAUUAAUAAGACUCAACCCCUUAAUGAAAUAUAACCUUAUAUGUUGUUAGAUAGAGUAAUAUAAUGAAAGGGCAGUAGGCAAGUAGGGCACAUUUAUGUUUUGUACUGUAAUGCUCCUCAAAAUGUAAGACAAUAGAUAGCUUAAGAUCUACGACGUCGACGUUAGCUAGGACGUCAAGUCUAAGCAGAGGACUGGGAUUACAUUAGGACGACAUCCUAGUCCCAGUCCUCUGCAAAACCCUGACGUCUUAGCUGACGUCGACGUCGUAGAUCUUAAGCUAUUUAAUAAAGCUGGAUGAAUGUAAAAUAUCACAUUUAUUACCAUUUAGACUGCAAAUGGUAAUGUAAAUUAGCUCUGCCGAGCUCUGCAAUUAUUACAUUACUCUGUCCAGUACAAGGUGACUUUACAGUGCUUUUUUUUUAUAUAAACAAUACUAAAAUGUUCUUCAACAAUGAGUUCAUCAUCUAGCAUGUAGUGUCAGUAUAUAUUUUCUUUUCCUUAUGCAAGUCAAAGGCUUCAAGAAAUAUACAAUCUGGCAAACAUCUGCCCAAGGUUCAUUUUUAUCAGCCAAUGAAAAGACCAUUUCUUGCUGGUGAUUCCUUUCCGAUAAUGAAUCUUGAAUGAAGAUCAUCUAGCAUCACCAAUGAAUGGUUUGUUACAUAUAUAGCCCUCGUCAACAUAAUCCUAAGGAGGAUUUGAUAUUAUUAAUGAAUGGUGAUUAUGGAAAGCACUAGGUACUUUCAAAAAGCACGCAAUGGUAAUUCUACUUUUCGAUUAUAUUUUAGUCAUCCUCAUCAAUGGAUCAAAUUAGAAACAUUGAUAACAGUGCCUUGUAUGCCCUAGUAGUUGCAGUUAGCUUUUUCUUAAUGAUGCUACAUGCCUAUUGAUAGAACACCGAUAAUUCUCACAAUGCUUUCAUUAAAAUUAAAAUGCCCGGUCUCUCAUUUCAACAAAUAUGGGAUCUGACCAACUGGGCUAAUAGUUUGUGCUUCCUUACAUGAACAAAAUGUAAUUUUCUAUGCUAAUAUUAUUAUGGCUCAUUUGAACAGGCCAUGCAAAUCAGGUUAAAAUGACCAAGGUACAUGUACAUAUUUAAUUUGAAGCAACAUGUAGGGAUCGCCCCUCAGUGCCCUCACCCCAUUCCUCCAUUGGCAAUGCUUGGAUAUGAAAAGCCUACUCUUUAUAGACCAUGUACAAACUUCUUCGCAUUCAUAAUUCAAUAUUAUUAAGUUCAUUGACUUCAAUCAAGCGAGAUGCCCAAGAAAUAUUGUUAUAAAUAUUACACUAUCAAAAAGCUGUCAAGCGAAGAAAAAAUGUUGUCUUUGUAAGAAAUAAAUCAGUUGCAGAGAGGCCAACAUCCUAUGGAAUUGUUACUGUAUUAUUUAAACGCAAGCCAAAAUUUUCCUCGUGCAUUUUAUACACGAGUUGUAAACCAGCAAAAUAAAAUUCCGUUACAAUAUACUCCUGAGAUAAUGAGAUUGUUCCCUCUCUUCUGGGGAAAUAAACAGCAAUUGUGUGGUACAUACCUUGCUUGAUUUAAUCUUUAAUUAUUCCUGUGUUGAGAAGAAAUAAAUAUUCAAAUAUUUCGGCGAUAAAGAAGCAAACGAUUUGAAUAUUCGCAAAUAUGAAAUAUGGCGACAGGCAAAAGUCCCGGUUCGCAAAGCAUGUUGGUACUAUUUUUACCGAACUCGAAGCGAGCUGUUUCGAUUAUGUCCUUUUAUGGACAUCGUCGUGUUUCUUUUCAUAAAUCGUUGGUUAACGUUAUUGUUCGUUCUUUGGGCACAAUAUCUAUACAUUUUGAAUUCGAAUCGCAUUCAACGGCGUAUAUUAGCGUUAUAAUAGCCAUACUAUGGUAAAUCUUUGUGAGGAGAGUGCUUGGAUAUGAAUAAUGAACAUAAAUAUUAAAUAUUUAACAAAAUUAAAGCUAAACAGUCGAUUCUGUCGAAAGAUUAAAUCGAAGGAAGAGCGUUGUUGUUGAAUUGCUGCCAAGGUCCAGAUCAUGGUCAAGUCAAGAUAGUGCCAAUUUCUGAAUUUCAGGUUGGUAGAUUUGUUUGAACGUUUGAAGCGGUCCCAAGAAUAUUGUUUACAUUUUUAAAAUACAUAUCCCUUCUUGUCUGUGUUUUAACUGUACAACAUGUGAAUGUUCAUCGCUUCUAGUCUUUAAUAUUCAGUGGUCAUGAACGUGUCUUGACUGAGGCAAUGGUUCACAUUUCACAUUGUUUACAGAUACAAUAAAAGUAUAUGGCCCCUGUACAUAUUAAGCCCCCAUCAAAAAAUGUUUACGAACGAAUAUAAGCCCAGGGCAUAUGUGUGGAGGUUGACGGUAUGCCAUUAUAUAUCUGAUUCUCAUGUGUUCUUUGAUUGGCAGUAAAAUCUGUAAUCAUUUUAAGGAUGCCUGUAAGAUCUUAUAGUUUUUUUCCAUUCUUUUUGAUGGAUGUAAACCAAAUGAUAUAUCACUUUUGCAUGCUGUAGUACAUCAAACUCAAAAGAACCGGGUUUAACCAUAGAGAGUUCAGACCACCUGAUAAAGGAGAUUGACAGUAGCACAGCUAUACAAAAAGGUACAAUUAGUACCAUGUAAUGUUUUGUGAAGAUAAACUCUUUUGAUUUAUUCAUCGCUGCUGUGGGAUUAGUUUAUCUGCAGUGGUCUGCAUGUUACUGGGUCCUAAAAUUGCCUAAAGCAAUAUAGUUAUAGGGCAGAAGAAACUCUUCAAACUGAAUUUAGUUGUUACUACUGUAUAUCGUACUGUCUAAUGAAGUGACUUUAGUCAAUAUAGAUAUAUACAUAUGUUGUUGUUGUAUAUGUAUAAUUAAAUAGCUAGCUAUACUGUACACAGGGCCGCCUAGAGAAUUUGCGGGGCCCGAGGCAAACCUUCCCUGGGGCCCCAUGACAUUAUUAUUUUUAAGCCGGACCCAACUAAACCUUAGCAAACUGCAUGUGGAGGUGCUGUAAGUGGCCCUCAAUUUCAAAAAUGCACUUUUUAAAACAUACUCAAUUUUAGGCUCUUGCUCCAAGUUGGGGUCCUAUUAAGGUGGGGGCCCAGGGCCCCCCCCCCCCUCUUGGCGGCCGUAACUGUACAUGUCAUUAUUUUUAUUAUAGCUAAAUAGAAUAUGCAACCCUAUCGUAGAAUGUGUUAUAUUUUGAGUGUAUACCAUAUUGCUACUCGCGUUUCCAGUUAUUUUCUCGACUGUCAAAGCAUAUACUGACAAAAAACCUGGAAAAGAAGUUAUCUUAAAAUAUCCGUUUGUUAAAUAAAAAUAUGUCAAGACUCAAAACUUUGUGUCAUAUAUUUAAUAUAAUCUAGUAUUGUAUUAACAUAAUUAAACAAAACAAAGUACAAAAAUAACUUUUUAUCAGGCAGUGUACAGUGGAGACUUGAAUUAAGAGCAAAAUUAAUAGACCAUUUCCGAAUUACGCUCUAGAAUAACAUUAGGUUGAAGCUAAGUGCUUAUUACUACUCAAAAACGUGAGUGUCUGACAAGUGUCUGUGGUCAAUAUGAAACCUAAUUCAGAAAUGGUCUAUAGCAUUUUUUUAUGUAGUACGAUUUAAGCCGUUAAAGCCGAACGAAGGGCUCAGUGUUUAUCAGUAAUCAAAAACAUUACAUUUCGCACGGGCGCCAAAAUUUUUAAAUUAAAAAAAAAUUUAAUUAAAAAAAAAAAUUUUAAGAAAAAUUACGAUUGUUUCAUGUGAAAAGUUUAAAUACUCUUCACAUGAAACAAUCUUAAUUUUUUUUUCAAGUUAAAAUAUUUAGACUAAUAUAAACGCUAAACGGGUUUUCUACAACCGACCAUUGAAUAUAUAUAUAUACUGAGCUCUAUAAUUGUGCUAAGCAACAGAACUCAUAAUGUAUAGUUAGUUAGAAGAAAACACUGUUCCACCUUCUAUCUUUUUUCAACAAAAUUAAAGGACCCAGCCGAACUCUCCAGCGAGCCUUUGGACGUGUUCUAACUUGAAAAAUUGUGGGAAUUCUUGUUGAACCACGAGGUCUCUGCCAUUGGAGCACGGAUAUUUCGCCCGUAUGCAUGACACUUUCAAACCAACAUGAACAUUAAUUCGGGACUCCAGGGUAUAUUGCCUGAUAAAAACUUAUUUCUAUACUUUGUAUUAACUAUGUUAAUACAAUAUAUUAGACUAUAUUAAUUGUAUGAAACAAUGGCUUGAGUCCUGGCGUAUUCUUUUUAACAAACAGAUAUUUUAAGAUAACUUGUUUUCAGAGUUUUUUUUUAUCAGUAUAUGCUUUGAUAAUUGAAAAAAAAACCUAAAAACACGAGUACGAGUUAUGAGUAUAGUCUGAAACAACAAAAGACGUUCACUGCAAACGUUUUAAUGCGUGUCAUAAGUUAUGAAAUUGUAGCAUUCCCCCAUUCCCUAUUUUAAAGAUAGCCCUUAUUUGGCGCGUAAAUGGCUAAAAUCCAUAGCUAAGGAGGUGUUGCGGUAGUUUUUCUGGCUGUUUCGGACUGUUUCGUGCUAUUCCGGUGAUGUUCCGGAGGUGUUCCGUGCUGUUCCGGAGGUUUUAACCGUCCAGGCUGUUCCGGAUUAGUGUUCCGUGUUUUAGUACAUGUCGGAACGGCAGGUGUUAGGUGUAAUGUCUUGUGUAAUGUAAUAUGGUAAUUGAUUAAAAUGAAACGUUGUCUUACUAGUAUAAACACAAGUAACAAGGUAAAAUAGUUAUUAUUGACCAUAAUUUGUAAAUAUUCAAGCUGUAAAUGAACAGUAAAUAUUUCUUGAGAUUUAUUAAUUAUAACUUAAGAGUCCUUUCUUCGUUUUAAGUAUUUUAGUAUUUUCUAAUGGCCUUUGACUUCGUUUGUUUUCCUUCUAUUUUAUACUUCUAUUUCAUUUUAUAUUCUGCAAUCUUUUCCAUAGAAAAUGAUCGCGCCGUCAAGUAUAACUUCACAAUAUUUUCUAAAAGCAAUUUCUGGGCAGAAUAGGACUUUUCUACUCCAGAGUCAAGUACAUUGUUAUCCAACAACGACUUGACACGCGUAGAGUUUAAAAUUGAGACACAUACACUGUCUACAGGAAUAUUUCUCAAAGUCUUGGUAAUAUCGCCGAUGCCAACAUGUUUUCUAAACGAAAUCUCUGCUUUUUCCAGAAAUCCAAGCAAUCACUUACAAGUUGCUGCAAGGUCUCCCCUGCACCGAGCAGACACAAAGCUAUUUGCCCUUUCGCUUGACUUCUAAGAACGCACCAAUGCAUGUAGUUCUUCGCUGCAUAUGUCCUAAAUUAAUCGCGCGAUAUAAGAAAGGGGACCACAUUCUCAGGGAUCGAUUUCGACAGCGCUGUUUACCGCUAUUGUUGGACACAUUAAACAGCGGUGCAGAGCAGGCGUGUAUUUUGUGCUCCGCUAAUUUCAAGUUCGAAAUCAAGCAAUCUAUUAAAGCGGCAAUGAAAAUCUAUGUGAAUAACAGUUGAAGUGUAACACUAUGUACCUUAGAAGUUGAGUCGAACACUACGGUUGAAUAUGUGCAGAAUAAAAUUCAAGAGAAGCUAGAAUUUCCCUCAGAACAGCAGCGACUUUUCUUCACGGACAAAUUACUCGAUGUUGAGAAAACGCUAGGCGGCUAUGAAAUAUGUAAUGGGUCGUCUAUGAAGCUGGAAUUCACAUCGUCUACUACAGAUGAAGCCACAACAUAUGGAGAAGGAUUAAAUAUUUCUGAUAAUGGAACCCUGAAGUGGUUCGGUAGCUUUGAAAGCCUAAAAUAUCUCGUCGAGAAAUUGCAAUUACCAAAAGCCAAAUGGAUGACUCCAGGCGGUGGCUCGAAAUUGUAUGAAUGCGAAGAGUUUUCUGCGCGCUGGUAUUCAACUAAUGAAAACUCACUUUCAAGAGAAAUAAAGCCAGUGAAAUUAAAGCAAACUUCAUCUCCCUCUUGGGAAACGAAGAAGAAGAGAUGA